AUGAACGACAGGGACACCGCAGAGGGCCACAGCCAUGAAAAUGUGUCCGCCCUGGUGGCUCAGGUGUUGACAUCACGCCCGGUCGGCAGGUUGUGGGCGCGGCAGCCCACAACCCAGCAGCCCGGACUCUACAGGAUCCUGGACCGCUUCUUCCACAACAUCACAGCGGAGCAGCUGGAGGCGGCUAUGGGCGAGUUCAUGUCCUUUGCCCGCUCCACUCAUGUCGGGAUGGGCCCGCAGCGGUACCUGGAGUUCAUCAACCUGUGCACCAACAUCAUCCUCUACUCGGUGUGCGCGCGCAGGAACGACGCGCGCAACGUGAGGACAGUGAUGGAGAUCAUAUGUGCGCAUGUUCAGAGCCAGAGGGACCCGCUGGCCCUGACAUGGAGGUGUUUCACUCCCGUCUACAGCCCCGUGGCUGGGAUGACCCCUCUGAUGCAUGCAGCUAAAAACCGCCAGUUUGAUGUGCUGAAGGUGCUGCUGCAGUAUGGGAUGUUGGAGAGAGAAAGGAGACCCAGCUACAUCAUCAUCGCCAUCUUGUUUUACCCACCAUGUGUGGAGGAUGAAAACCUCUCCUAUGAAACUUGGAGACAGGAGCUUAAAGACUGCAUGGCGCUCUGUUUCAGGGUGCUCACCUGUGUUUCUGUUGGAGACAUUGAGUCGCAGAUCAUACAUGGACUGAAACCUCUGAUCGAGGACUGGAGAGACUGUAUCCCCCGCAACCGCUCUCGGGAUCCAUGUGAGCUGAGUCACCUGUGCAGGGCGGUCAUACGGAGGAGCCUGCUGGACCAUAGCCUCCUGCCCGCAGGAAUCAGCGCUUUGCCUCUGCCACUGCAAAUCCAGAACUAUCUCAACCUGGAGUGGUGA